CUUUGAACUAUACAUUUCAUAUGUCUUCUGUGUAGGAGUCAUGGGGGAUACAUUAUAAAUAUUACAUGUUUGGCUCCAUCUGACCAACUCCACGGGAUCUUCCCAUGUUUUAUGCUAGAGUACUUGGGCUCCACAUUUACAGAUACAUGUAACUCCUGAGCAGCGACAGAUCUUGCGAGGCUGGUGCAGCGAUAAUGGACACAUCUGUCCUCCCAACAUGGAGACAAGAAUGGAUGCUCUGCACUAAACUAAUGGAGAAUGAGUCCGAGGUGCAUGGAGGCACCAAUCGAGAGGACGAACAUCGAUCAUUCUCAACUGCCAAAGUGAGACGGGGUCAAUGUUGUUGUCAACGGCAUUAACUUUUCUCAGACAAAAUGUAUAUUCAAGAGGGUCGUCCCUGUGACCCUUGUGAUCAGUUUGUUGGACCAACCAUCUCGGUACAAAUGGACACUGUGCUCUGUACUAUAGUACUGGAACUGGCAGCCCAAUUCCUGUACGACAGUCGUUGGAAGUUCCACCACCGCCAGCUUCUGAGCUCACUCGCAAAAAGAAACAUUUAACACUGCUGACUUAUUCUUCUCUCUGAUAUAACUCAUUCAUGUGGCACGAACAUGCUUGACAUCGAUAACUGUCGAGAAGCUGAAAUCCAUGUGGAAAUUCGCCCUCACAUCUAAGCAUUCUGUUAGCCGGGACCCUGUGGAAAUUUCUCAGCUGCUGUCAUGCUGCUAAUACGCGAUCAGCAGAAAGCAAUCUGCACUAACCGAUCGAGAGCAUUUGAGAAAAUCAGCAGCAUUUUUCUUCCAGUAGUGGAGGUCCUUUGUCAUUUGCAGGCAAUGCCUUUAUCUGAAGGGCAAGAGCACAAUUUGCGUAACAAUUGAGUUUGUGCGAGUCAUUGGCUGCAGAUGAUAAUAAAGGAAACUUGAAUCAUGCCAUUCGAGUGUGUACACGAUCGGUGAUCUUGUGUUGGAGACGGUCGACCUCCAAAGUGGGGCCUGUGAGACUGUAAUGUGUGACGUUUAAAGCCCUUUCACAUUCCAAAGCGGGACUUCGAUCCUGAUGCCAUCGACCUCUUUACAGAGAAUCGGAAGCCCAUCUGCUUCUGGAAAUGCAUGGCACAGGCCACAGCAUGAUUUGAUUGACAAUCCAGCUCGCACAGCGGCCUGACCUGCUGCUGCUACUGCAGGCUGGAGAUUUGUGUCAAUGAGCAAACGCAGUGGCCGAAGCACCGACGGUCGAUCUUUCCAGCUCCACCGUGAAACGAAGCUCGUGCCAAGGUAACUGGUCGGCCACCCCGAGAGCAGCUCUGUCGUGUGGGGCAGGGCAUUGACCAAAAAGUCGGGCGCGAAUUAAAGCCAUCCCUCACUCGCUUCAGUACAUGUGCGGAAAAGCUGACUCUCUGACCCCACUUUAUCCACAAGAUUCCACAUCACAUUCUGCAAACGGUGCUUGCGUUCUGACUUCUCGAGCGAGAGCGCUGCAGUCUCCCAGGUCCCAGCUCCCUUUUUUACUGGAGUCGUGUGGAUGGCCAAGUGCGUCUCAUGAACUCGUGAUUGCUCAAAUCCACUCACGGAUGAAACCGUCCAGCGUCAGCAUUCGAGAGCAUUGUGAGAAAUAGAAUCGCAAUCAACUCAGGGAUAGCUCUUAUCAGGAGCAGGUCCCAAUUCCGAGCUAUUGGAUCCCACAGCUUUGACUAUCAUUCUCCCAAUCCGUGCACAGCUCGAUCUGGACGCACCCAUCCCCCGAGAGCUUCCGCUUCGAUUCUCAUCUCUAGCACCAAGCUCAACAUCGCCAAUACCACGGAACGAACCGACGACAUUGAUCAGGGGAAGAGAAAGAGAGUCACUUUUAGAAUCGCAGACUCUGAGGAUCCAAGCGACUUUCCGAAGGGUAAACGGAGCUCGAUGGAAUUGCAAGAUGGUGGGGGCGAUGCUGUGGGAGGAGGAGCAGGAGCAGGGGCAGGAGGUGAUCCAGAAGCUGCAGGGGCCAGAAGCGAGGCGAGGUUCGAGGUAGUGGUGGGCAGUCAUCAGUUUACCGUGUAUGGUUACUCGCUUGCCAAGGGCAUCGGUGUGGGCAAGUACAUAGCUAGUGAUAGUUUCCGAGUGGCAGGACACGAAUGGGCCAUCUACUUCUACCCAGACGGCAAAAAUCGAGAAGAUGAAACGCAGUACGUUUCCGUGUUCAUAGCCCGUCUGAGUGACGGUGCCGAUGUCCGGGCCCUGUUUGAGUUGACUCUGUUGGAUCAGACCGAGAAGAAAAAGCACAAGGUACAUAGUCAUUUUGAACGCAAAAUGGAGCAUGGACCCUACAACCUCAAGUACCGCGGCAGCAUGUGGGGUUACAACCACUUCUACAGGCGAACGUCGCUCGAGAAAUCAGAAUAUUUGAGUGAUGAUAAGCUGGCGUUUACCUGUAAGGUGGGGGUGGUCGUCUCGUCCUCACCCAUAGGUCCCAAGUUCUCAUCUGCCGUCCAGGAGCAGGAAACAAUCCUGCCCAGACAUCACAAGCGUCGCAGUAGUGGUGGCGGUAGCACUGACGGCAGCUCAGAGUCUUCUGGCAUCGACAACCUCCCGAUACAGGAUCUUCGAAUCCAGGAAAAGCAGGCGGGUCCAACUGCGGUCACUCCAGUGGAGUCUUGAUCUCCUUCCCGCCAUGCUGUCCAUUAACUCUUCACGGCGUGGAUGAGAUGAGUAGCGAGUUACAUCAGUUGCGUGAUAUAGUUUAUCGCGUGCUGAGCUAAGAUCAGCUUGAUGGCGGUUCUUGUGAUGGAGUGCCCGGCCCUGUGAUAUGGAAAACAAGUCUUUCAGUGUGAUCAUCCAUGACCAUUGCAAUAUAAAGCGACCGAGUGCUUGCCAGAGAGCGAACUAGCACCUACAAGUUUAUGUCGUGAAGUAUGUAGUGUAUGUAGGUCCCAGGUCUAUGCUGGGUUUGAGUUUUAGAAAACCUUAAACCCAGCCUACACCAGUUAGAAAUUAAAAGUUGGACUAGAAGUUCAAGAUAUAUAAAGAGCUGGUAUUGAGAUAAGAAGGUCCCCCAAUUCUUCCAGAAGUCUCAUCAACAGAACGGCUUUAGAGGUAAGAUGUAUAGAAAUUGAAUAUAGUCUCCAGCAUAAGGAGAUCGUAUGAUUUGCAGGUACCAUGUAGGUACUAGAGGGCAUAAAAGGCUUGACAUGCCAAUUUUUUGAUAUACACAUGAUAUUCGUGAUUUGCAUUAUUUUCAAGCGAGGAGAUUUAGAAGCUGUCAGACUCCGACCGAGGCUGACGUCUAUUUGUAUGUUGCAAGAGUGCAGAAGGAUUCUGGUCUGCCCUAGUUGACAAUCAUCAACUAUAAUCAACAAUUUGUCUUGGCAU